UAUCACUCUUCGCUUACACUGCUGCUUCUUCCUCCGUUAAUUGUUAAUUUUAGCCAAAAAACAGCUUUUUUGGCCUAUUUCGCGCGUUUCAUUAGUAUUGCUGUCAAUAAAAGACGACAACAUGAUUAGCUUUCUGUUCAUUGUAAACCGCGCACUCAGCAGCAGCAGCCGCAAAAUGUCGCAAGGCCCACGCCCGCUUGUACUCUGCGGCCCCUCCGGUUCGGGCAAGAGCACACUGCUGAAACUGUUAUUUGCCGAAUUCCCCAACACAUUUGGCUUCAGCGUCUCCCACACCACGCGCAAGCCGCGUGAGGGCGAGCAGGAUGGCGUGCACUAUUAUUUCGUGGACAGAGCCGACAUGGAGGAGGCCAUCGCCAGUGACGAGUUCAUUGAGACGGCCGAGUUCACUGGGAAUCUGUACGGGACCAGCAAGGCGGCCGUGCGCGAGAUCCAGAAGCAGGGACGCGUCUGCAUACUGGACAUUGAGCAGAAGGGAGUGGAGCAGAUACGGAAAACCGAUCUCAAUCCCAUACUGAUCUUCAACAAUCCCCCGACCAUCAAAGAGCUGGAGCGUCGGCUGCGUCUACGUGGCUCCGAGACAGAGGAGACGUUGCGCAAGCGACUCAAUGCCGCCGAGGUGGAGAUCAGCUACGGCCUGACGCCCGGCAACUUCCACAAGAUCAUCAACAACGUGGACAUUGAGGUGGCCUACAGGGAGUUUCGUGACUUCGUUGUGCAGGAGCUGAAGCAGCAGGAGAACGAAGGCAUCAGCAUUAGCCUGAAUUAAUUAAUUAAUUUGACUUGACUUGACUCGGGUCACUCGUGUGCAAAGAUAUUAACGGACAUUUACUCAUGGCAUUUCUACUUAAGCGUCCAAACUUAAUUUAUUAUCCUCGUGUACCCUCCGGCAGACACACACACACACACACACGUACUGCUUUGUUGUGCAAUUAGUUGUUGUAUUUUUAAGCUGAAAUUUGUUGCGGUACUUCACGCCCAGGCACAGGCCCAGGCACUUGGAGCCAAUUAAAACGGAAUCAAUAAAGCUUUUCGGUUUCAUAUUCACA